GGCGGACAGCACAUCCACAACAACACAAAACAAUGGCUGGAAUCAAGAGUAAACCAGCAGUUGACGCUGCACCGGCGAAGGUCAGGAAGGACAAGUCGGAGAAGAAAUCGUCGAAAAGCGACUCGAAGCAUGCUGUAAAGCCCGUGAAGAAGAGCAAGAAGGUCGCCGAAGACGUCGAAAUGGCCGACAGCGACUCUGAGGGAAAGGCAAAGUCAAAGACACAGAAGCGCAAAGCGGAGGACGAAUCCACGGAGCAGAAGAAGAAGUCCAAGUACGAGACACCGGGGGAGAUCUCCUCCAAGCUCGCCGACAUUCAUGCGAACAACUCUCGUGAGGCGCAUCAAAAACAGAAGGCCCUCGCCAAAGAACGAAAGAACGCCAAGCCCAACGCCGACGUUAUCGAACGCUCCAAGAAACUGUGGGAGAAGCUGCGUUUGAAGUCACACAUCGAGAAGGAUGAGAGGAAAGAGCUUGUCAAGGAGCUAUUUGAAAUCAUCACCGGCCGAGUAAAGGACUUUGUCUUCAAGCACGACUCCGUACGAGUCAUCCAGACUGCCAUCAAGUACUCGACAAUGGAACAGAGAAGAAUGAUUGCGCGCGAAUUGAAGGGGGAGUUCAAGAUCCUUUCUGAGGGCAAGUACUCGAAGUUUUUGAUCGCCAAGCUGGUGGAGAAGGGUGACCCGGAGAUUCGCGACCUGAUCAUUACCGAGUUUUACGGCCACGUUAAGCGUAUGAUCAACCACCCCGAGGCAGCGUGGAUAUUGGACGACAUCUACAGGGCGGUUGCCACACCAGAGCAGAAGAACCGCAUGCUGCGCGAGUGGUAUGGUGCGGAAUUCUCUAUCGCAGGUCUCGGGCCGCAAGGCACGGAGAGCGCAGAUCUGGCGACCAUACUCGAGGAGUCGCCGGAGAAGAGAAAGCCCAUCAUGAGCUAUCUGGAGAACCAGAUCAACUCCCUUAUCCAAAAGAAACUUAACGGCUUCACCAUGCUGCACGACGCCAUGUUGCAGUACUUCCUUGUUUGCGAACCGGGCACAGAGCAAGCGAACGACUUCCUCGAGCACCUCAAGCCUGACCCUACACUCAAGGAGGGAGAGGAGGCCGACAACGUGGAUCUGAUGAAGAACCUCGCGUUCACCAAGUCUGGUUCGCGACUUGUGUCACUAUGCUUCGCAUAUGGUACAGCGAAAGACCGCAAGCUGUUCCUACGACCGUACAAGGACACCGUCGAGGUCAUGGCAUUCGACCAGCACGCACACCACGUCCUCCUCGCUGCUCUGGCUGUGACCGACGACACCAAGCUCUCCUCAAAGUCGAUAUAUAGCGAACUCCUGCCCAGCAACGAUGCUCUCCCCGAGAAGGUUCUCAACCUGUGCAAUGACGCCCGCGCCCGCACCGUUCUCCUCUACCCUUUCGCCGCUGAUGCCAAGUGGUUCCUCGACGACAACACACGCGAGCGUCUCGCAGAGAUCUACGCCAUCCGAGAGAAAACCUCGAAGAAGGACCCCAACACCCGUCUCCAGGAAGUCACAAAGAGCAUCGAAGCCCCCCUGCUCAACGCCAUCACCGCACGCGCCGCCGACUUCGCCUCCUUCACCUUCGGCUUGCAGUUCAUGGGCGAGAUUCUCGUUGGCGCGCCCGAAAUCGAGCCCGCAACCCGCAAGGACGCCCUCACCGAGGUCGCGCGCCUGUCGCAGUCGAUCCUCGACGCCUCGCUGCCGGCCAGCGCCGGCGACACAAAGGCCACCAGCCACGGCAAGAACAUGCUCAAGACGCUCGUCCAGGGCGGCAAGUUCGACCCCAAGACCAAGAAGGUCGUCCCCGUGACACCGGCCCUGGGCUUCGCAGAUAUGCUGUGGGCGGAGAUCAAGAGCAAUGUCAUCGACUGGGCCACCGGCGAGGGCUCGUUUGUUGUCGUUGCGCUAACAGAGGCUGACGGCUUCGCGAAGAAGAGCGAGGUCCUCAAGGCGCUGAAGAAGGACAAGAAGAAGCUGGAGGCCGCCGCUGGGCCGGCGAAGAGCAAGGAUGCCGAUGCGGCGGCCAAGAAGGGCAAGAAGGGCGACAAGAAGGACGACGCCCCCCGAGGGAAUGCGGGUGCCAGAAUUCUGCUCGAGAAGUUGUAGACGCGGUGCAUGUUGCAAUUGGACAGGAGUUUUAUUGACUAGGCAAAAGCAUCAAUUCACGAUA